AACACACGGGGGCCGGGGCCGGGUGGGUAGCUGGUGAAAAGAUGACAGAGAUUCUGUGUCGCUGGUUGAACGAGGACGUCAGAGUAGCUCACAAGUUGAGCGAUGCAAACCUCGCCGAGCAGUUUUCCGGCGGCUACCUCUUCGGAGAGGUGCUCACGAAGUACGGCCUGCAGGAGGAUUUCCCUCUGUUUUCUAAGGGAAGGAGUUCAGAGGCAAAACUGAACAACUUUAUGAGGUUAGAGCCGACAUUUCGGCUGCUGGAAGUUCCCUUCAACAUCAACCUGGCUCGAGAUGUGAUGAAUGAGAGACCGGGAGCAGCUAUGAGACUCCUCUACCAACUGUUUGUGGCCCUCAACAGAAUGAAGGCAAGUAUAUACACCACUGGACGUAAGCAAGAGCUGAAUGGGCAGAGUCUAGAGUUCACUCGCAGUCCCGGCAGAAUGAAACUGGAGAGAGUGGAAACCUCCAUAUUUCGGGAGAGAUUGAGGCAACAGACACCACGACAAGUGGACCUAAACUUUGAGGAACUCGUCGACAAAUUCAAAGAGCGCCAGCGAGUCUACGAGGAGGGUGUUACAAGGGAUCGACAGCGACAGGCUGAAAAACUGCGUCAGGACCAGAGGGACAACUGUCAGAGAGCUCUGGAGAGGGCCAGAGAGGGCAGGGAGAAACAGAACCUCAUGUACUCCAAGCUAAAGCCCCUCUCGCCCACUAAGACACCACAAUCCAAGGACCAGCUACUAGCGAGAGGAUGACCAUGGAGGGAAGGAGGAGUAGGAGAGCUAAUGCAGAGGCUGAGGAGACGAGGGUUAAUAUCAGUAACUUUGAGGCUCGACUGAGGACACUACCAGCCUCAGGAAUGGCUACUUCGCCUCUUCAGCAAACUGCAGAUUUGACACAAGGCAAUACUGGGCAGGGAUCAACUGGUGACUACAUGUCUCAGAUAAAGAGAAGGACGCUAGUCAUACAGGCAGGGAAAGAGGAGAGAGAGAAGAGAAGACGCCAUGUUUUAGUCCAGCAGAUGAUGGCAUUGCAGGAACAAGAGGAGGAGCGUCGCAAGCAGCAGUUGGUGGAGAGACUGAUGAGGCAGUGUCAGCAGGAGAGCCGCAUUGCCACUCAGCUCAUGCACAUCCGCAGGCAGAAAGACACCAUUCGCAACAACCGUAUAUUUCGUCAGAAGCAAUUUGAAGAGCAGAGAAUGAGAGAAUUCCAAGAGGAACUGAACAGAAAUGAGGCUCUGGCAAAGCAGGGAGAGAAGGAGAGGAAGGCACUGGAGCUACACCAUCUGAAGCUCUACCAGCAGCACAAGUCCCAGCAGGCGGAGCUCAACUACCAGAAAAACUACCAACUGGCCGCUUCCAUCGUGGACCAGAUACUGGACCUCUCUACCAAGAUGGCAGAGUACAGGGACCUCACAGAAAAUAUGGUGCCUGCUAAAGUUGUGCGUGACUGGAAGACUCUGCUGAUAGCAGGCCAGCCACUCUACCCAGAACAACAGGAGGAGGAAGAGGAUGGAGAGAGAAGCAACAGUAGCAGGGCCUCUCGGUCCACCUGUAGUGUCCCUCCAUCUGAUCUGGUCCGGGAAUCUCUGCUCGACGAGACUGACUUCUGGCAAUACAGAGUACGCAGACCUCUCCACACACUGUAUGAGGUCUUCUUGUCUAACUGUAUGGCUGUAGAGCGUGGAGGUGGACUGGGAGCUGGAGGGCGGAGAGAAGACAGCAGUGGAUCUGCCAGAGGCCCACUGUCACAUCCUCACCCACGUGGUCUACAGUCUCCUCGACAUGGUGGACCCACCCCAGCCCCCUCCCUCUCCUCCCCACUUCCCCAAGUUCUUCUCAGAGCCAGUAUUCUGGGGAAACCAUUCUCUGGGAAGACCACUGUACUGAAUCAGCUCAGUCGACAGCUGGGAAUUGUGGUGCUGUGUCCCAGUCAGUUGGUAGAGAGAGCAGUCCAGCAAUAUCUCACCGAGAAGGCCUCCCUCGAGGCUCAACUAAUGACCUCCCUGGACGAGGAAACCCCUGUGAUUAGUGGCAGAGAUGACCAACUGGAAGGAGAAGGCAGUGGACUCAGCGAAGAAGACAUCAAUAGUGGAGACAUUGAUGGGGGGAGUCCUGUCGUUGGGGGAGGAAACGAAAAGCUGGAAUAUCAACAGACUGUAGUGGAGGAAGAGAAGGAAGAGAGAGAGGAGGGAGAGGAGAAAGAAGGGACGCCAGAACAGACUGGCUCUCAGGAGCUACCGCCAUACUUCUCAGAGCUGAGUGUGAUGGGGUCCCUGGGUUGCAGAGCCUUCUUGUCUCUGAGCAGAGGAGACCAGAUUAGUGACCUGGUCACUGUCGACAUUAUCGUAGAGAGCCUCAGGGAUCUUCCAGAACAGAGCUCCUGGAUCCUGGACAACUACCCCACUACUCUGGAGCAGGCCAAGAUGCUGAGCUGCAGUCUGACUGGAGAGUGUGCUGCAAAGUCUCGAUUCUCCCGCGACUUUGUUCUUCUCCCGGAGCACCAAAUGAAGAACAUGGAGCUCCAGGCAGCAGCAGGGACUGGACCUGGUGGUUCAUCUGAAAUCCACGUCUGAGACGGUCCUCCAGAGAGCUGCACGCCACUCCUCAGAGCAGGGAACCAAACUGAGUCAGAUCCAACACAGGCUGCUCAGUUUCGAGGCUGGCUGGCCUCGAUUAAAGAGACGGCUCCAAAAGUUCAGGAUCCUCACUACCGUCAACACUUGUCAGGAUAUCGAGAGUGUGGUCAUUGCAGUUCACGAUAAAGUUAAAGACAUCAUCAACAAGUCAAAGCAGCACGAAGCACUGCUGAGACUUGGAGUCACCAGAAGCAGCAUGCAGCUCAGCAGUGGCUCCACUACCAGUCUCCCAACGCUCAAGAAACUGCAAGUCUCGCCCCAAUCACCCUCAAAACACCACCCCCUUGAGAAGAAGGCCACAAAGAGCAAGCGAACGAGACGACCCUCGAGUGCAGGGGCACCUCCCCUGCUCCACGUCAUCCAGCAGGCCGACAAGAUGGUGGCAGUGAGGGAGGAUGAGACGGUUUCUCCGGGAGAGAGUGGCUGGGAGUACUGCAGUCUUCCCAUUGCCUCAGAGAUGGCAGAGUGCCUCGCUGGGAAGUGGGGUGAGAUAGAGAGAGUGCUACACAUCAGUACUAAAGUCUGCCUUCAGACACCUGCGCCAAGAGAGGGAGAUCAUCUGCAGAUACUUCCACAAGAGAAAAGGAGAGUUUGUCGAGUAUCUCAAGAGACCAGACACCAAGCAAGAGCUGGUGAGCCAGUGGCAGGCCAACUUUAACUCCAUUCCAACACACUUGCGCCGAGAAGACACCAUGAAGGCGGAGCUGCACUGCACAGUUGAUGACCUGUGUGACAGACUGUGGGACGUCUGUGACAAGAGGAAGGAGGAAUGGGAGACAGAGAGAGAGAGGAUCUGGAACGAGAAGUGGCUGGAGGACCAUCUCGGUCUCAUCACCAACACCUACCUCUCCCUCAUGCAGGCAGAGGUGGUUAAGUUCCAGGAGACGGUGCAUCUUCUCCAGGACUACUACUGUAGCAUGGCAGAGAGCGUGCCAGCUCAGCUUCCUUCUCCUGCAAGACUAGCCCUCGUUGAGUUGGUGGCUACAGAGCCCCAGAACCCUCCCUCCAGCAGCACAGAGUUCACUCCAGAGCCUCAACGCUCUUCCAAAUCCUCCUUCAAAAAGUCAGGAAAGGUCCCCUUGGUUCCACGCCAACCUCCACCUCCCACUACCUCUGAUGAUAAGACAGGAGGAGGGGGAGGCGGGAAGAAGAAAGACAAGGGGUCGACAGAGGACUCGGUCCCUAUACCCCUGCUGGAGGAGAUAGCUGGACUAGAGCUGGACCAGCAACUUGUAGUACACACCUACAAUACUGCCCUCACCACACUCACUAGUCUGGUUUACCCUCAAGUGAAGGCUCUGGACUCCAGUAUAGAGGUGACCAGGACUCUCCUCCAGCCGGCAGCUCCCCCAGCUGGGCAGGGAACAGUCAGUGGAGGCCAGACCGAGGACGACAAGAAGACAGGCGGGAGGGGAGGCAAGGGAGGCAAGGACAAGGGAGGGAAGGCCACUCCAGCAAAGAAAGGGAAACAAACACCGGCCAAAAAGGGUGCGGCUGACCCACCUCAAUCUGUUGAAACUCCAGUUCCAUCGCUCAGUCCAGAGGAGAGGGAGAAGAAAGAGAAGUUGAUAAAGGCUUGGAAAGAGCACAAGGCAGCUCUGCAGCACCAAGAGUACUCGGUAAAACAGAGACUGAAACUCAUCAAGUCAAAGGCAGUAGAGGUGGUGGGUUACCUCAAGUCAGUAGCUGGUAAGAUGUACGAGGACAUGGGAGAGUGGCUGGGCAGGAGCUAUGUGGAGGAGGUGGACUGUGUGACACAACUGACCAACAUCCUGAGACAGGCAGUGGAAGAGGAAGACCCUCUCUCUCAGGAGAUAACGAUCCCCGGCAAGUCCUUCUUCAUCGACGGAUCAGUGCUGGUAUACGAGGAAGCCCCGUCCCCUACUCCACCCGUCCCGCCCGAGACCCCACCCACAGGGGUGUUCUCGGUGGCUCAGUUGAGCAAACUGGAGAGUCAGUUGAGUUCCGUGGCCCCAGACGGAGUGAUGCUGGCCCAGAGCUUUGCUCACACUCUCCAUGGCUUCACUGAGAACACAUGUGGAGAUUUCCUGGUGCCCGACACCUGGUGUGGCCUCUCUAAGACACAGGUGCAGAAAGUGUGUGAUGAGCUGUUUGGGAAGGAGGCAGACUACGUUGACUGGAGACAUUUCCUGGUGUGUGCUGCCCAGCCCUGGCCACUCCCACUCACCCAUCAACUACUGGAGACUAGCAAGAGACUCUGGGAUUCAGCAAAUGGAGAGAAGAUGAUCAGUCGACAGCAGUUUAUGGCCGUCCAGACCUGGAUGGAUGAGAAUGAGACUGAGGAAGGAGGGAGAAGGGGCAUCAAUCGAAACGAAAAACUGAAACCGUUCUUUUUUAAGUUGUUUUCAGAGAAAGACAGGAAAGUGGACAACACUAAAAUGUUGCUGUAUUUGAGUGUGGACAGCAGUGCAGAGCUGGGACUGGCCAAGGCUCUCUCAGCAGUCACUGGAGAACAUAUCAGUCUCAAUCAGCACGACGUGCAGGAACUAAGGUCUGUAAGGAUCAGUCUGGAUAACUUCCACAGAGUGUUGACUCAGGGACACCCUAAGAGAGCCGGGCCUGACUCUGACUCUGCACACAUCUCUAAGGAGGCAGUGGGAGAAGUGUUUGACAGAGUGGGGCAUGGCGAGGCAGUGGAGGAGGUGGACAUGAAGAAACUGCUGAUGGACCCAGUGGCAGUCGAGUGGCUGGACUCCCUCACCUGCUACACACUCCCCGACCUGCAGGCAGUUCUAAGAGCCAGAAGUGCAGGGAAAACAGCCGACUGAAACACAAAACAUGUGCAACUAUUGUUGUUGUCUCUCAUUGUUGUAGUGAUGCCAAUAAAAACUAAUAAUAAUAUUCAGAAAAAACACAAGGCAUGCAAAUACAAUUCAGAUGACCACAAAACAUAAAACAAUGAAACAAAAAACUGAAAGGUGACUGUGAUAUGAAGUGAUGAUGCUAUUCGAAAGUCUUCAUUCUCUUGAGAGGG